AGUCAAAUCCAGUCAGCUGUUGGGAUAUAAUGUGUGGGGAAAAACGCUUCGCUUCCAUUCCCUCACAACAAAAGCGAAUAUAAUACAUUUUCAGAAUUAAAAGUUGAAUAUUACAGAUGUACCGAUGUUCGAAUGUUUCCUGGCUGUGAUUUUACUGUGAUGAAAAUCGCGGAGUUCAAUAUUCCGAGUGUUGUGGUCAACAGAAGUCCGGAAAUGCGGGUAGUUAGUAUCGAGAUGAAUUAUCCGAUAACAGAAAUCGCUACUAUAUAGGAUUCUUGACGAUAGAUAUCUAAUCUCCUGCCCUCAAAUCGAGAUUUGUCCAUUUCGUGAUGAGGUACAGAUGAAAAUACAUAUUGUCAUCGAUUUUUCCGGUAUUUGUUCGAAUUUCAGUGGGACAACAGUUAUGUAUUGUUGCUCCUUAGGGGCGUUUAUUAAUUCAGGUUCUUAAUGAGUUUCGCAUACGAUCAAUGAUGACCGAGGAUGUCGUAUUGUUAACUACAUUCACGAAUGCAUCGAAAAAAAUUCGCGUUAUAUUCCACAAGAGUGUGCUGAUCUGGGAUUACGAAAAACCACCCUUUGAACAGAAGAGCGUCAAAUUGGAGAAUAUAAUAUCCGUCAAACCAGACUAUCUGAAAUGCAGUCAUCCAUCGAAGGAUCCAGAGAUUGACCCCUUCUCAUUCACGAUACACUACGGUUCCAGAGAGUCCUGUGGUAAAUGGAAGCAUAAAAGUUUGAACUUGAAACAUACCGACCCCCUACAAGUUACAUCAUGGAUCAAAACUUUGGAGAAGCAGCUUGGCGACCUCGGUCAGCGUCCAAAGAAACUGCUCAUCUUCAUCAACCCAUUCGGUGGCAGGAAGAACUCGAUGCAAAUCUACACGAAGUACGGAAAGCCCCUCUUCGAAAUAGCAGGGAUGGACGUCACAGUCAACGUGUCGCAGAGGAAGGACCAAAUUCGGGAUUACCUGAUAAACGGCAGUUUGGAAAUGUUCGAUUCGGUCGCGUGCGUGGGCGGCGAUGGCACAGUUUCCGAGCUGUUCAACGGUCUCGUUCUGAGGGAAUGCAAGAUCAAAGGAAUCGAAGCCGAUAAUAUCAACACACCUCUGCCCAAUCCAAGGAUACCAGUCGGUAUCAUUCCAGGUGGCAGUACGGAUACUAUAGCUUAUUGCCUUCAUGGAACAACCGACCCAACUACCGCUGUUUUCCAUAUUAUUUACGGGGACUCCGUAGGACUGGAUUUAGUCUCUGUUUAUAAUGAGAACCAGCUACUUAAACUCUACGCAAGUGUACUUAGUUACGGAUAUCUGGGGGAUGUGGCAUAUAAUAGUGAUAGGCAUAGGUGGAUGGGACCUCAACGUUACAAUUAUUCAGGCUUCAAGAAACUCGUAGCGAACAAAGGUUAUCAAGGGGAGGUGGCAAUACUGACUGAUAAUGACGAUAUAAACACGCAGAAAUGCUACGAGAACUGCGACACUUGCAAAAAUGAAACUGGCGAUGAGAAAGUGAAGGCGCAGUGGAAAACGAUCAAGGGAAAAUUUUUCAUGAUAAGCGGUGCCAACAUUAGCUGCGCUUGCAGCAAAAGUCCGAAUGGAAUUGCACCCUACAGUCAUCUUGGUGAUGGGAAUAUGCAUUUGGUACUGGUUAGACACGGUUCUUUCAUCAACAAUCUGAGACUUCUCCUGAACUUAUCCAACAAGAAUAAACACAUCGAGGAAUUGCCAUUUGUCGAAACGUAUUCGGCCAAAGAGUUCUGUUUCAGAUCUUUGGGCAGUACCAGCAGAUGGAACUGCGAUGGAGAGAUACAGCAUCAAGCCAAUAUUCGCGCCAAGGUGAGCCGUCAACUUUUGACAAUUUUCAGCAGAGGAAGGCCCGUAGUUGCAGAACGUGAGACAAAAUGCUGUGGAAUAUGAGGCCUUUCUUUUUGGUAGUUCUCAAUUUAAAAUUUUAUCGUAUGUUAUGGAGUUGACGAUGAAAUUUCUCGCAGAGGAUACAAAAGAUAUAUCAAUAGCAGUCGCGUUCUGAAAUGCACACCAUGACGAAUUGGCAAUAUUUAUUUUGUAACAAGCUAAAUUGUUCGACCACAUUGGACGUUACAGUAUUUGCUCAGUAUUGAGAAAAGAACUUAUGUGAUAGUAGAGUAUUUAUUGUGAGAUUGAGAUAAUUGAGGAAAUCCCUUCAAUCUAUAUGUAUAUAUUUUUUAAGAAUUUGCCUCCCAAUUUGAGUUUGCAUAAUGUUUAUAACUGUAAUUUUCGCAAGGCUCUCCACUCAACCGCUCUUGUGAUUAACAUGAUACCAAUACGUAUAUUGAAUGUUUUUAAUGCUAUAUAUUCUUGCCUCAAUCCAAGCUCAAUGUUCCAUUUUACUAAUUUUUAUAUAGAUGAACUCUAACUUUUGUAUUUUAUCCAUUGUUGGGGACGAGAAACGUUCUUCAAUUAAAUGUGGAAAUUUUAAAGAUUGAUUCUGCAUUUAUUUAGGUUCGAAUUUUUGAUGUUUUUGAUGCCUAUUUAAUAAAGAGAUUUUCCUUAUACCUA